GUCGGUCUGCUGAGACUGGGGCGGACUCAGAGAAAAACCGUUUCCGGGUUUUUCUUCCUGGGCUGGGACAGAAGCGAAAGCCGCCCGACUCCGGUUGACUUAACUGUCUCUCAAAGUUGCACACAGGUUUCUCAGACGUGCCAUAAAGAGUAACAAUGUCGCAGUCCGGAGAAAAAGCCAAGAUAUGUGUGCUUUUUAUGACUUGCAGUUCCCAGACGCAGCAGGUUAUGUCGGAUUUGCAAACCUCCCAAACCAAGUGCAUCGAAAGUCAGUGAAAAAGGGGUUUGAGUUCACCCUCAUGGUUGUCGGGGAGUCUGGUUUGGGCAAAUCAACACUGAUAAACAGCCUGUUUCUCACUGACCUCUACCCUGAGCGUUACAUCCCCGGAGCCGCAGAAAAGAUCGAGAGGACUGUACAAAUUGAGGCGUCCACUGUAGAAAUUGAAGAGAGAGGGGUGAAACUUCGUCUCACAGUGGUCGACACCCCUGGAUAUGGCGAUGCCAUCAACAGCCAGGACUGCUUCAAGACGAUCAUCCAGUAUAUUGAUAAUCAGUUUGAACGAUACCUCCAUGAUGAAAGUGGACUCAACAGAAGGCACAUUGUGGACAACAGGGUGCACUGCUGCUUUUAUUUCAUUUCUCCAUUUGGACAUGGUCUUAAGCCCCUGGAUGUGGAGUUUAUGAAGGCCAUCCACAGCAAAGUCAACAUAGUCCCUGUCAUUGCAAAGGCUGACACACUGACACUGAAGGAGAGGGAUCGUCUGAAGAGAAGGUGCCGCAUCCACCUCACUGUCUUAGUUCGCUUUAAGUUAAGCAAAAGUCUGGCUUUAACCCCGCAGGUGCUGGAUGAGAUUGCCGAGCACGGGAUCAAGAUUUAUCAGCUCCCCGAUGCCGACUCUGACGAGGAUGAGGAGUUCAAAGAGCAGACCAGAGUCCUGAAGGCGAGCAUCCCCUUUGCUGUGAUUGGGUCCAACCAGCUGAUUGAGGUGAAGGGGAAGAAGAUUCGAGGUCGCCUUUAUCCCUGGGGAGUGGUGGAGGUUGAGAAUCCCGAGCACAAUGACUUCCUUAAACUGCGCACCAUGCUUGUGACCCACAUGCAAGACCUCCAGGAAGUAACUCAGGAUCUGCAUUAUGAGAACUUCCGCUCUGAGAGGCUGAAACGGGCGGGCAGCGCUGUGGACGAGGAUGAGGUAGACAAGGACCAGAUCCUGCGGCAGAAAGAAAUGGAGCUGAGGCGCAUGCAGGAGAUGAUCGCCCAGAUGCAGGCACAGAUGAAGAUGAAAUCAGACGAGUGAAAGCGUUCCAGCCCAAGGAAAGCGUGCUGAUCUUAAUCCUUACACACAUACACACACACGCACGCACACACUCACACAUGGUCGUCCAACCCUUCCUGCCACCAUCCUUCAGUCACACUAGAAGAUCAGGUUUCCGGACCACAUCAUCUGCAUCACUUCCUCCUUUUCUUUCCCUCCAGACCACUCCAUCCAUCAGCUGUCUGGAGCUUCUCAUAGUUUUUGUAUUUGUUGUUUUCCUGUUCUACAUUUUCACUAACAGUUCAAUCAAUGGAAAACACUAGUUUGUACUAGCUUUGACAUUUAUCCGCUUUUUGGCCUUUGACUUUUAUACUGUCGCACACACAAUUGCCAGAGACAACGGUACUAAGAGGCAUUGCCUUCCCACUCAUGUUUACAAAAAUAAUAGGUGAGUUGGGAGCUUUUUGCAAGUUCUGGAAUCAGGAAGCAUCUGUUUCCAUUUGUUUUUCUGUCAGGUUUUUGUUUUGUUUUUUUUCUACCAUGUUUUUACUCCAAAAGCACCAGCUUCUGAUCUGUGGACGGCCUCAGCUCGUCAGCUUCUGUUUGCCUCAGGCUGAGCACGGAAAACAGUGUCCAGAACAAAGAAAGUUGUUUUGUUUUUUUCUGUGUGAAUGCUGAUUAACUUCCAAUUUUGCUGCCAACAUUGAAAUCUAAUCCCUCUCUAUUAAGCAGGAAACAACCAGACUUUAUAAUGUUUUAGUAUUUAUCUAGAUUUAAUCUUCUUGUCUGUGCCAAACUGCAGGCUGUAAACUAAUGAAAUGCAUCACUUACGGUAUGUGUGUAUGUCCAUGUUUUCCUCCGUUAUGUCAUAUAAUGUGUCAAAUGGCCUGUUUGUACACUACAAGUCAAGUUUCUUAACAUACUGUGCUCAUGCCUUCCCCAUUAAUAAUCACACAUUGCACAAUUUUACUGGUCAUUUCACUCCCUCCAGCUCUCCGUGAGCAGCAGAGUAGAAACCCCAAAUUCUCUCCAGCAUUGCUGUGAACUGCACUGUCACUGAUGUGCCAUUGGCAUUAUUUUUGUUUUUUGUUUCUUUUGCUUGAGUAAACAGAAUAUUUCUUAACCUUGUCAGUGGUGUUGUUUCUUUUGUGUUUCUCUGAAAUAAAAUGUACGAAAACCAAA